UAGUUUGGACACUAUAUUAUGUGGUUACCAUAAUUCAUAACCUGGCAUCUUUAGGAGAGGUGAGAUACGCAGCCAACUUGUAGCUCGCUUUGCGGUUACAGGCAAUCUCAAAGUUCCCUAGUGACCCAGUGGGAUGAAGAUGUCACCGAGAGAGCCACUGAGCUUGCCAAAAGGUUGCCGUGACGUGCAAGUUAAAUCCUGUGCAAGAGAGGCUGUAUUACACUGAGGAGCGGGAACACUUAACUCACAAAACCGUUUGCUGUACUGCGGAAGGACAUAUAGAAGAACAACACGCUUCACCAUGCGCUUUUUUACUUCUUCUCGUGGUCUGAUUGGUCAAUUUGGAAAGAGAGCGUUGGCGUUGUGACCCGCCUCUUUCUUUCCUCUUAGGGAGAAGCCGCCCACAGGAAGUGCCCAGUUAGCUCCGCCCUCCAGGUUGUAAGGUUCCCGGGCGCCGGUUUUACCUCUGUGCCAUCAUUACCGUCGUCGCCGUCGUUGCGGAGUCGGUUGGGUGCUGCCCGUGGCAUCGUUGGAGUCUGAAUCUUGAACUUCCUGAGAAGAACGUCUGGGCUUCAACGUUCUUACCAGGUCUCUUUGCAAGGAAGUAGACCAGCAGCUGCAAUCAGCUGCAGUCCUAUCACACCUUCAUGAUGUUUCCCUUGACCAGAAAUGCACUAAGAAGGUUCAAGAUUCGAAGCAUUCAACAAAUUAGACAAAGCCAUGAAAAACACUCACCAGAUUUUCAUGACAAAUAUGGUAAUACUGUGCUGGCCAGUGGAAGCGCUUUCUGUGUUGUUGCAUGGGUGUUUACAGCCACACAGAUUGGAAUAGAAUGGAACCUGUCUCCUGUUGGCAGAGUCACCCCAGAAGAGUGGAAUGAUAAAUAACCAUCCAAGUUACUGUAAUACAAAAUUGUUCCCAAGUCGACUUGUUGUUUAAGCACUCUGCUUCUCAUUAAAAUAUAGCAUAAUUAAAGAAAUAAAAUACAUUUGAAACCUUUAAAAAGC